UCUUGACAGAUCGUUCGUCAGCGUUUCACUGGCGUGACGCGCGAUCCCUUGUUGCCAAGAAGACGGUGAAACAGUUUUCAACGAAAUAGAUCGUGUCCGUGGCUUCCCCUGAUUUCGGAUUCAGUUCGAUUUUUUUCCCGUUUCCUCUCCAGUCCUCUAGUCAUUUACACGUUCCGCCUGUGGUGGUGGAUCGUUCGUUCGAUCGGGGGGAAGUGCAACCAGUUUUCUACCAUUCUUUCAGACCGAUUACACUUCACGGAUCAUGUCACAUCAAACGGGAAUCAAAGCGAACGACGCGCUCAAAAAGUUGUUCGCCAAAUGCCGGGACGGGAAAAUACGAGUAUUGAAAGUCUCCAUCGAAAACGAGGAACUGACACCUGCUUCCUCGUCGAAACCAGCGAACAAGUGGCAAGACGAUUACGACAAGAUGAUCAAACCUUUAAUCAUAGAGAAUCAACCGGCAUACAUUCUAUACAGACUGGAUAGCAAGUCCCCCGAUUCUGGAUACGACUGGUUGUUUAUAUCCUGGUCUCCUGACACUGCACCAGUCAGACAAAAGAUGUUGUAUGCAUCGACCAAGGCAACAUUGAAACAAGAGUUUGGCACUGCCUCUAUAAAGGAAGAACUGCACGGCACGGUACCGGAGGAUAUAACGUUAGAGGGCUAUCAUAAAUAUAAGAGAAACGAUGCUGCCCCAGCACCUUUAACGACUGCUGAAGAAGAAUUAGCGGAGCUUAAGAAGAGUACGGUGACUACAGACUACAGCGUAGAAACGAGACACCAGACACUGAGCGGCGUCGCUUUCCCUCUGACCGACGAGGCAAAACAAGCGAUCACGGAGCUCGGAAAAGGUAUACACGAAUAUGUACAGUUGAAAAUCGAUUUAGAAGAAGAGAAGAUCCACCUAGUUAUGGCUUGCGACGUUUCCCUGGACAAGCUACCAACGAAAGUCCCGUCGGACUCUGCCAGAUACCAUCUCUAUAAUUUUAAACACACGCACGAAGGAGAUUACAUGGAGCAUAUAGUUUUCAUCUACAGCAUGCCAGGAUACAGUUGCAGUAUUAAGGAAAGGAUGCUGUACUCCUCGUGCAAGGCGCCUUUAUUAGAACUAAUUCAAUCGCACGGCGUGACCAUAACGAAAAAAUUGGAAGUAAAUAGCGGCGAGGAGCUGCCAGACAUGCUGGAAGAUCCUCCAACGAUAAAAGAACCAGCCGCGAUUACUCCCGCAACUCCGUCGACGCCCUAUGCUCCUCCUCAAUCUAUUACCGAGAAAAAGUCAAAGCAGAAGAGAUCUUGCGUGUUGAGUUAACCGAACCAACGCUCGACCAUUGCCUCCAUGCCCAUUAACGUUUCUUACGUGUUACGAAAUAUAUAUAUAUAUAUAUUUCCACGUGUUUUACAUACUGAAUUGAAUUCGAUAUCUUCCCUUCGCGAAUUCUGAGAUUUUGUGAUAAACGCGAUAUUAUUGCUCGAUGAUGUGUCGUUUAGUGUAAAUGCGGUGUAAUCGGUUUUUCGUUAAGUCAGAAUUCUUGAAAUCCCACGAUAUCGUUAGUUGUUGUCGAAGGUGAUGAAAGAGUUUAAAGCGCGCCUUGAUCAGAGAGGAUUUUUUUAAUCGAUUACCGAUAUAUUUAUUGAUAUUUAGCACUAAUAAUAAUAAUAAUAAUAAUAAUAAUUGGUCGGUGGUGAUACGUGUAUCUACGUAGCGACGCAGAGUAGACCAAACGAUGUAUUUUUCUAAAUUUUAAGAGAGGCAAAAUUUUCGUCUCGAGGUCGUCUUUUGAUAACGCAAACAAAUGCCAGUUCUUGUUGAUCCACUAAGCCACACUGCAAUCGUUUAUUACAGAGAAUUACUAUAAGGAAUGAACAAAUCAUGAGAUUCAGUUGCUUGGCAUUGAAAGUGAAGCCUUCCAUAGCAUUUCCAUAUCCCUUUUCUUUAUACUUUUUUUUUUUUAAUCAAUCUAAACGCAUUGUACCCAGCUCUGUGUAAGUUCCUUUGUACUUUACUCGUUUCAUAGUUUGUAUAAUAAUUCCUACGUUAUACGUAAUGUUUAAAAGAAAACCCAGUGAGCCGACUGUGAGAAUUAGUUCCUAGUCCAUUGAGAAGUGAUAUCUUACGUCUUAAGUUUUCCUCUUUUUCCUUUUUACGAUACGUUGAAACGAAGGCUUGACUUUCAAAUUCAUUCAAAUUGUCUUGUAUAGGGAUUAGUGAUAAAUAAUAGAGGUAGAGCGUUUUCAAACAAAAUAUCUGUGGUAAAAGAAAAACGUAAAUGCAUAACUUAUGUGAUUUAUUAGAGAGUUAAGGAAAAUUCCAUGUGCUCUAGUUAGCUGACGCCACUCAACUUCCCUGCGUAAUGAUUAUAUUAUAAAUAAGAAGAUAUAGAAAGAGAGAGCGAGAGCGAGAGAGAGAGAGAGAGAGAAAGAGCGAGCAGGACCGCGAGUGAUAAAAACGUGCAAAAUCGCGACAACCGAUUGUCGUGGCUAUAUUUUCUUUGCACAAUUAUCAUUUUUUGAACACAAGCUAGUGAUGAUACUAGUUACUUUAUUAAUAUUAAAUUAUAUAUAUAUAUAUUAUAUAUAUAAGAAAAUAUAUAUAUAAUGUUCUACUACGUACAACGUACUACUGUAAAUGAUACAAAACAUUAGAUUCCACAAAUAUAAUGUACGAAGACUGAUCUUGGUAUGUCCCAUUGGCUGUAUAAUCGACAAAAAGGAGAAGCUAUUCAGUGUUCAAAUUUAUACAAUUAGAAAUGUUUUCAAAGUAUCUUCCAUACAAGUUGCUGAUUGUUUCAUCGAUAUUCCGUUACUUUAAAUACGUAAACCGAUAAGGAGUUAUAUAAGUGGUCGUCGUGUUAACGAUUCCGAUCGAUGAAUAUUUUGCUAGCGUUAAUUGUGAUAAGUUUAUCUAUCCCCUUCCGAAACAUUCCUCGUACAAACUGUAUAGCGAAUGGGACUGUAAUCUAAAUAGACAGCAGACAGCAGAUAUUCGAGAGGCAUUCUAUUUUUCGUGAUCUGUAUUUUUUUAAAAACUCUCGUAGCUUUUUAUAAAACUUUUUAAAAAUUUUCGUCCAAGACGCAAAAGCAAGCAAACUUGUCGAGAAGAGUUUGGCCUAAUUUUAACAUGGAUAAAUGCGAAGUGCGCCAAAUUCUUAACAGUUCAUCCGUCGAUCAAAAACGGAAAGGAAAAACAAGUCGUACUAUUUCGUCGAUGAGUAGCUCAUGAUUUAUCGUACCUCGUCGUCGCUAUUGUUUUUUGUUUUUGUUUUUUUAAGGAUGUAUCACAUCCUUAAAUGAGUUCUCAUAUCUUUGGAUAUACUCGUAAUUUAUCCUUUUAUUUUUCGUAUAGUUUUGCAAAAACUAUUCCGGCUUAAGUUCCUCCUUAGUCUUCUAUUUUUACGUGUAGGAAAGCGGAUAUAGAAUUUGGCACACGUUUCUAUAUAUAUAUACAUAUAUGUAUAGCUACGAGGAAGAAAGAGGAAAAGCUUUUCGCAAAGUGCUCAAAAGGGAACGAAAAAAUUAUUAAUGAGAAAUGUGUUCCAUAUUUAGAUAUAACGCGCACGCACAUAUUACACUAUUACAGCCUGGGCGUAUUUCAAUUUACAGUGAUAUUGUACCAGGCCUAUUCUGUAAGUUUUCUCUUCUAUUUUUAGUGUAAUUUCGUUUCCAAUCUGUUAGCGAAUAAUUGUAGACCCGUUACAAACGAAAUAAAGCGAAAUUGUAUAUCUUGCCAAUACUAAAUACGCUACAAAUAAAGCAUUAUGCGAUUAUAAUCCUA